AUGCAAGACGACGAGCCAACUGCGUACCCAACUUCAGUAUGCAUCUGGACCCAAGCGGACCGAGUACAACCAAGGGAUCUCGAUCGAGCGCAAUUCACCUUGUCCCAUGCCGUGGUCCAUCGGGCGAGGCAAGUGCUGCCAUAUGCCCAGCACCAGUCCAGUGGGUUCCUCUCAAUCUGACCUCGAGCCAGACAUCCAGCGCCGGCUGAUCUGUCUCACCCUGGCUUACCCGUACUAGUAAGCGUCGCCCUGGGUCCGACUGUGCACACUGCCCAUACUAUCACAGCGAACCCAGACUCGUCAUCGGUCAAAUCUACAUCGCCGGUUGUGGCCCGGGCCCAAUAUAACGGCGACCUGGCCCAGCAGAGCUUGCUGCCCCGGUGCAUUACGCCUGUGAGUCUAACGGUCUGUGUCGGCGCGCGUCGAGCUCCAUCAAGUGGGCGAUUCCACAUGGCUGAUUUUCGACGACUCGGUGCCAUAGCCGUACUUCACCGUCGAGCGUUUGUGGCCGACCCAGGAGGAGCCGAUCAGGGCGCAUGCUAGCAUAAUUGCCCAUUCUUUUGUCGACGUCGACCAUAUCUUCACGAAGCUCAGUGCCCUCGAAUCGUUCAAGGGGCAUGACGAAACUCGGCGAGGCGGCACCAUGUCAUCCGGCGAGGCCAUGACCAGAUUGGGCCUCGGUCACCGUGGUGCAUGGCUUGUUCCAGUGUCGUUCUCUCUGCCUAUCCCACGUUCAUCGGGAUCCAGAUGGGCGACGUGUCAUUCGGACCCUUUUCCGACGAUGGUUCCAUGUAAUUACGUAACGCGCUCGACCACGGAGACCACCAUGCGCGGGCAGCAACACAGUCUGCCCCCACCGAUCGUUUGGACUGAUGCGCGAGUGCGCGCACUUUGGUCGGUCGUGACGAGUCUCGGAGGCCGGACGGAUCUGGGGCAACUCAACGCAAAGUGCACCUUCAGAUCAAGUCCCGUUUCAGCUCCGGCGGCACAAAAGUCACUAGACUGGCCAGAACUUAUACGAGUCUCAUGCGAUAGCCACUAUGCCCUACGCGUUCGACGGUUACUUGGUUUGGUCACGGUCGCAAUGGCUCGUAUGGGGCCCGAAGACGACAGAUUUUUGCUGGCCGCCCAUCUCGUUUGGGUCGACGAGAAAGGCGACCCUAUUUUUACCGCGGCGGGCUGA